AUUCAAAAAUCCAAAUAUGUACAAAAAUAUUCAGAUGAAGAAAGAUAGACUUUAUACUUUAAACACACUUUUUCUGCAAUAAAAUGUGUGUGUGAAGUUGAUGUACUUCAGAAUAAUAUUUCAAUAGACGAAUCAAAACAUAAAUUCAUUGACUACUACAACUAGGAAAUGUAAUAGCCCGAUGUCCGUAGUUUUCAUAGUAACAUGGAUACAAGAAAAUAUUUUGAUGACGAAUAAAUAUUAAAGUACAAUUUUUUUCAAAAAACAUAGAAAAAUAUUAAUGCCGCUUCGUUAUUAUAAGUAUAACAAUGAAACAUGGAGACUACAAAGGUUAAUGCAGCAUUUCUAUGUAAUUUUGAGGUAAUGCAGAUUUUACAGCAAUUGAAAGAUAAAACACAAAAGAAGCAUAAACGAGAGGGAUCAUUAGCUACUGUGACAUAUGAGACUGUACACUAUUUACAAGAUACAGAAUGUAAAAAUCAAUCUGCUGAAUCUAUACAAAACUUUCUAAAGGCGAUGAAAUGUUUUAAAUUGACAAAGUCUGAAAAAUUAAUGAUGGUUAACACUCCUCCUAGAACUGAAUUAGAAAUACAAUUGAUUGUACAAGAAAGUGAAGAAAGAUUAUCAGAAGAAGAUGUUCGAAAAAUAAUUGAUGUUGUGAAUGAAUUCUUUCCAGUAAGCACAUGACAGUGCUCACCAUUAAUUAAAAAAAAAGUUUCAUGUGUUGUUACAGACUAUGAUUUAUGUAAAUGUUUUGUUACACAGAUAAUGUAAGAGAUGAAGAUGAUGUAAGUAUAAGUAAAUAUAUUUUGUAAGUAA